CUGACCGCUCCCCACCUCCCGCGUGUGCCGCGAUGCUCCACGCUGCGUCUGGGCCCCGUGCCUGUGGCGUGGGGGGCACCCCCAACCCUGCAGCCCGCCCCGGGCUGGGUGGGGAGCCCGUGGGCACGGGCGGCGCUGACACUCGGUGCGCGGGAACUUGUCUUGCAGGCGCCGUGCCUGGGCCGGCCCGGAAGGCGCUGAAGCAGCGGUUCCUCAAGCUGCUGCCCUGCUGCCGGCCCCAGGCCACCCCCUCCCUCAGCCAAAGCAAGUGCUUCUCCUUCCCUCCCCAUGCCCGUGUCCCCCUGCUCUGCCCGGGGGCUGCACCAGGCUCUGUGGUACAGCCCCACAUGCCUGCCUGAGCCCCCCCUGCCCCCGCAGACAGCGUGGAGGAUGAGCUGGAGCUGGCCACCGUGUGCCACCGGCCCGAGGGGCUGGAGCAGCUGCAGGAGCAGACCCGCUUCUCGCGCAAGGAGCUGCAGGUCCUGUACCGCGGCUUCAAGAACGAGUGCCCCAGCGGACUUGUCACCGAGGAGAGCUUCAAGCAGAUCUACUCCCAGUUCUUCCCGCAGGGGGACUCCAGCACCUACGCCGCCUUCCUCUUCAACGCCUUCGACACCGACCACGACGGCUCCGUCAGCCCCCAGGACUUUGCGGCCGGCUUGUCCAUCAUCCUGCGGGGCAGCGUGGAUGACCGGCUGAGCUGGGCCUUCAACCUCUACGACCUGAACAAGGACGGCUGCAUCACCAAGGAGGAGAUGCUGGACAUCAUGAAGUCCAUCUACGACAUGAUGGGCAAGUGCACGUACCCGGCCAUGCGCGAGGAGGCCCCGCAUGAGCAUGUCGAGAGCUUCUUCCAGAAGAUGGACAGGAACAAGGACGGGGUGGUGACCAUCGAGGAGUUCAUCGAGUCCUGCCAGAAGGACGAGAACAUCAUGCGCUCCAUGCAGCUCUUUGACAACGUCAUCUAGCGCCCGGCCUGAUCCUGCCAGCACCGUCCGGAUCCCGCUUGCCCCCCGCUGCCCACCUGAAAGGGCCUGGGGGCAUAGUCAGUGUGGGGACCACCCUCCCCAGCCUGCCCCGCUUCUUGGGAGGGGCUAGGGCCCCCUCCCCCUGCGUCAGCUGGAGGCCUCGUCCCACAGGAGAGGCGCCUGGUGGCCCGAGCGUGUGAGCAGUGGGGGCUGCAUGCCCUCCCGGGGGUGCCCGGACACUC